CAGCAGCACCUGCGACAGGUGGAGCGCGUAGCGCGCGGCGCUCGGCCAUGUCUGCGGAUGGAUCCGGGCCGGGGACGGGGCUCGGACCGGGGUCCGAGCGGGGCCCGCUGUGCCCCGAGCACGGCCAGGAUCUCAGCUGGUUCUGCGGCUCCGAGCGGCGGCCCGUGUGCGCCGCCUGCGCCGGGGUGGGCGGCCGCUGCGAGGGGCACCGCAUCCGCCGGGCGGAGCAGCGCGCCGAGGAGCUGCGGAACAAGAUCGUGGACCAGUGUGAGAGGCUGCAGUUACAGAGUGCUGGCAUCUCCAAGUACAUGGCCGAGGUCCUGUCAGGGAAGAACCAGAGAGCAGUGAGCAUGGCCAGUUCAGCACGGGAGCUGGUUAUCCAGCGGUUGAGCCUGGUGAGGAGUCUGUGCGAGAGCGAGGAGCAGCGGUUACUGGAACAGGUGCAUGGCGAAGAGGAGCGGGCCCACCAGAGCAUCCUGACCCAGCGGGUACACUGGGCCGAGGCUCUGCAGAAGCUCGACACCAUCCGCACCAGCCUAGUGGACAUGCUCACCCAUCUGGAUGACUUCCAGCUGAUUGUAAGUCAGGCAAGGCAAAAGGAGCAGGAGAUUUUUGAGAGGACCGAGGAAGCAGAGGGCAUUUUGGAUCCCCAGGAAUCAGAAAAAUUAAACUUUAAUGAGAAGUGCACUUGGAGUCCACUACUGACCCAGCUCUGGGCAACGGCGGUUCUUGGUUCUCUCUCAGGCAUGGAGGACAUCCGCAUUGAUGAGAAGACUAUCAGCCCCUCUCUGCAAUUGUCAGAUGAUCGAAGGACCCUGACCUUCAGUGCCAAGAAGUCCAAGGCCUGUGCAGAUGGCCCAGAGCGCUUCGACCACUGGCCCAAUGCUCUGGCUGCCACCUCCUUCCAGGAGGGGCUCCAUGCCUGGAUGGUGAAAGUCCAGAACAGUUGUGCCUAUAAAGUGGGCGUGGCCUCAAGCCAGCUGCCCCGCAAGGGUUCUGGUAGUGACUGCCGCCUGGGCCACAAUGCCUACUCCUGGGUCUUUUCCCGCUAUGAUCAGGAGUUCUGCUUCUCGCACAACGGGCGGCAUGAGCCCCUGGGGCUGCUGCAGUGCCCCGCGCAGCUGGGCGUGCUGCUGGACCUGCAGGCACAAGAGCUGCUCUUCUUCGAGCCGGCCUCGGGCACCGUGCUCUACUCUUACCGCACAGCCUUCCCUCGGCCCCUCCGCCCAGUCUUCGCUGUGGCCCACCAGACGAUUUCCAUCAUCCACUGACCUUGGGCCACAGGGAGGCCACCUCCACCUCCCAUCACCUUCUCAGGCCAGGCCACAUAUCUACUGGAUGUCCUUUCCCCAAAUGGUGUGGGGUUUCUAAGGGAAGCAGGGUCCAUGCCCAGUGGGCAGCUUCAGGAGCAGUAGAUAUUGUUUCAGACCUGGACAAAUCCUUUAAAUC